AGCCGCUGGAGGUGCUGACUAUGAAGACAUCGGUGCCGGCCGUGGCCGUGUGGGGGAGAAGAGCUCCCUCCCACAGCAUCACUGCCAUGCUGAUCACAGAUGACCAGCAGACCAUCGUUACAGGGAGUCAAGAAGGACAAAUAUGUCUCUGGGAUCUUUCAUCAGACUUAAAGGUUUCCUCUAAAGAAAUUCUCUUUGGCCAUACUGCUUCUGUAACUUGUUUGGCAAAAGCAAGAGAGUUUGAAAAACAACCAUAUGUAGUAAGUGCUACUGAAAAUGGGGAGAUGUGUGUUUGGAAUGUCACUAGUGGACAGUGCAUUGAGAACACAAAGCUUCCUUAUAGGCAUACAGCAAUCCAUUAUUACCAUUGCUCAUUCCGGAUGACAGGUGAAGGCUGGCUGCUUUGUUGUGGAGAAUAUCAGGAUGUUCUUAUUAUUGAUGCUAAGACUUUGGAUGUUCUUCACACUUUGUCAUCAUCUCACUCUUCUGAUUGGAUAAAUUGUAUGUGUAUUGUACACUCUGCAAGAAUUCAAGAAGACUCUUUGGUUGCAGUGUCUGUAACUGGAGUUCUUAAAGUGUGGGACCUGUCAUCAUCUCUGAAUAGCAUCCAGGAGAGACAAAGUGUGUGUGAGAAGGAAUCAAAAUCUCUGGGCUGUGUAAGUUGUCGAGCAGUUCGAUUUUGUACUUACACAGAAAGGCUCCUUCUAGUUGUGUCCUCCAUGUGCUGGCAGGUCUAUGACUAUUGUGAUUUCUCCUUGCUUUGUACUGAGUUCUGUAAAAGUGGUCAGUGCUUUGCUGGUGGAGAAGUGCUGGCAGCUUACAGACUUAUCAUCUGGACAGAAGAUGGCCACAGUUACAUCUACCAGCUGCUAAACAGUGGGCUUUCUAAAAGCAUAUAUCCUGCUGAUGGGAAGGUGCUGAAAGAAACUGUUUAUCCUCAUUUACUCUGCUUUACCAAUAUGAAGGAAAAUAAGAGUUUUCCUUUUGUCAUGGGUUUCAUGAAUGAAAGAAAGGAGCCUUUCUACAAAGUUCUUUUUUCUGGUGAAGCUUCAGGAAGGAUCACUUUGUGGCAUGUUCCUGAUGUCCCUGUGUCAACAUGUGAUGGUUCACCAAAAGAGAUCCCAAUUACAGCAGUGUGGACUCUUCAGGAUAAUUUUGAUAAACACUAUUCCAUGUCAGAGGGCAUUAUUGAUCAUCUUUGUGCAUCUGAAGAUGGAAUUGAAGCUGCAGUUGUCAGUUCCUCUGUGUACAUAUCUGGGCUCGAUAAGCUCGUGUGUGGAUGUGAAAAUGGGAAAAUUUUUGUAACUUUAGGUUUAAAAACUGCAAGAGCAAGACUUUUAGGAAACAUAUCUUUGUUUAAAGAUCAUCUCCCUUAUAAGGUUCUGAAUGGUCAUAGUAGCAGAGUCACUUGUUUACUUUAUCCACAUGACAAAUCAGUAAGAUUUGAUCCAAGCUGGCUGUUAUCAGGGGGCCAGGAUUCUGUUGUGAUCUGCUGGGAUAUGUUUACUGGAAACAUCUUACAUCAGUUUAAUCUGCAAUCUGGUCCAGUAACAGAGCUCUUGCGAUCUCCAGAAAACUACAGAGUAAAAGACCAGAGUAUUGUGUGCUGUGUGUGCAGUGAUCACUCAGUAGCAAUUCUACACCUUCAGAAGAGAGUAUGUCUCUUACAUGCCAGAAAACAUCUGUUUCCUGUAAAGAAGAUAAAAUUUGACCCUGUUGAAAAUCUACUAAUUGUUGGAUGUGAAGACAAUUCAGUUUAUAUUUGGGAAAUUGAAACAGGCACACUGGAACGCCAUGAAACAGGUGAAACAGCGAGAGCAAUUCUUACUGCUAUUGAAGAUUCAGAAUACUUAGUGGCAGAUGCUCUACUUCCUGUACCUCAAGAGUCAAAAAGAAAUAAGAAUUCUGGAUACAAACAUUCUGGCUCCUGUAAGCAUGGCAUGGGCCCUUACAACCUUAGUCAUGCAGAAAAAUCUUCAGAUAAGUUAACUGAUACCAGCUGCAUCCAACAGCCCUUUACUAUUUUACCAGUUAAGACAAAAUGGAACAAUGCAAACUUUCAUAUUCUCUUAUUUGAUCUGGAAAAACUUGAGGAACUUCUGCUGUCAUCUCAACUUAAUGGAUUAAAGUCAUCGAAAUCUUUCCACAACCAACACACUCUAGAAAGAGCUAAAAGUACUGCUGAGAAAAGGGCACUGACAUUAAAAAGAAACAAAACUUCUGGGUCCAUAUCUCCCGUGGAUGGGCAGGGAGAUACUGUUUGUCCAAACAAUAAUGCACCCAGACCUGUGGAAGAAAGUGGUGGCAUGAAAAAACAGAAAAAAAUGAAGAGUUCAAGAAAGAUUAAAAUGCAAACAUCAGGAAACAUCGAUGUGAACAUUGCCACUGAGGCAGUUAAGCUGCUUUUGUCAUGUCUCCUUCCAUGGGGUGUUGAUAAAGGAACAGACAAUCUGUGUGUUGGACACUUGGAUAUCCUGAGGCUUCAGUGUCGCGUUUCUUUUGGACUCGUGUCGAAUGAAAGUCACCUAUCACUGAUGUUGCCAGGAGGGAACUGCAUGGGUUGUGCAGUGCCAGGAGAAGGUGACAUUUUCAACUUGUUUUCCAAAAGAGUGCUCGAUUUGUCAAACAAAUACCUUGCUGCAACUGAAGGAGAAACUGGAAAGAAGGAGGGACCUGAGAAUCUUUAUGGAACAAAGGACUUGGAAACAGUAUUCUUCUUAUUUAGCAGAAUAGCUUUAAUCAACAGGAUAAUUAACAUACCUUCAGCAGUUACAGAUGAAAGUGAAAGUCCACAGAAAUCAGAAUCUGUACAUGACAAAUGGCGAAAUAUAGAAGCAGCAACACCUUCAUUCGCCAGUUUUUAUGGAGACUUACUAAGCAGUAAGAGCAGAUAUCAUUCCUCAGACUCUGGAAGCAUUUCAUUGCUGAAACUGAUUUGUUGUUGGAGCGAGGAAUCUGUAAAGAUUACUGAGGCAAUGCAAGCAGUGCUGCUGGCAGAAGUUCAAAGGACUAUCAAUCCCUUGAGGAAGACGACAAUUUGCAGAGAGUCGUUGGCCAUAGUGGAGAAUGGAAGUGUCAGUGUGCUGAAGCAUGGCAAGAGCUCCAACUCGGCAAACUUCCAAGAUGUGGAGGAUACGCCUGACAGAUGUGUCUUGGAAGAGUCUGAGAGUCCAGAUGACACGAAGCCACAUCCCUGGAUAUCUAAAGUGUGCUCCUGUAAGGUGUGUUAGAGAAACCUGUUUGCCUAAAGGAAGAUGCACAAUGACAGCCAAGAAACAGGACAUAUGUGGCAUGGACAUGAAAUGGCUUCUUGUAUUUAUUAUGGUAUACUGUUAACAAUUCAUUUUCAGAAGAAAUACCUUCCAUAAGAUUUAUUGGCUUCAAUUCGCACUUCCCUCACUAAUAGAUUUCCAUGUAUUUGGCUACAUCUAGAUAGUUUUGACAUAGAAAAUAUCAACUCUUCAUUUUUAGAUGUUAGUCAUUUAUUUAGGCAGUGAUCCCAAAUCUUACAACUUUGAUUGACCAUUAAACAGUUGCAUCAAUUUUAGUAUUGUUUUACAUACAUCAAAUUUAAACCCUUCUCUCUCUUCUUGCUUCUGACUUUUAUUACUAAUAGCAUUUUAGCACUGAGCAAAACCAAAUGGAUCUCAAAUAGUUAUAAAAUUUGCUUGUGUGUAAAGGAAAAUGCACAUUUUGAAUGAAACGUGGAAUAUUUAGAAAUAACUAAAAUACAAAGAACGUUCUGUGCUCAGGAGAGGAUGGGAAAUAGAUAACAAAUCUGGUCAUGCCUAGGAUGUAAAUUUUUCUGUUAAUACAAACACUGCCAUCACCAUCAUCUGUAGAAAUGUAGUACCGAUAUGAAGUUGAAGAAGCCCACUGGAGUCCUGUUUUAAAAUGAUACACUUCACUGAACAUCUAUUUGUGCUCACUGGGAAAAGCAGCUUUAAUUUUUUUUUUCUUCUUAAAAAAAAAUAUCAUUAUGUUUGUAGAAUAUGUGCAGCUGAUUAGAUUCAUUUAUCACCUCACGUUCUGGGGGAUUUCGGCUG